ACAAGUUCUACAGAAUCCGUCACUUCUCCAAGAACAACUCUUUCACCUCAGCAGUCAUUCUCAUCAAGYCCAGCAUUUCAAAACACCCCUGUUCGAAUGGAUACCAAGCAGACUGAAGAUGUGAUUAAUGCACUAGUGUCAUCAGUCAAGAAAAAUGCUAAACAACAUCACAACCUACAGUUUACAAAUCAACUUCUUCAGUUGACUCUUAAAUACCUACACUGCUUGCUUCAAGACGGCACUCAAUUCAUUGAAAUGAAGAGAAUAGAAACUCCAGCUCUCCAAGACUCUGAACCAGUCUUACUAACACAAGUAGAAAACUGUUUGAUGUUUGUUACUAAGAGUGUUGAUGAGCUGCGGCAUUACCUUAGUAACCUUUCUGAAGAUGAUGGUAUUGAUGUCAUAGAUGGUGAUGAUAGUAGUGGYGUGUUCUGCAAUAUUGGUGAUGAAUCAUGGGAUGUUAUGGGGAAAUGGAUCACUAUGGACGAUAAGGAUGUUAUAAAGGAUGCCAUCAUUAAUAGUACUAUUGGUACUGCACAAGCAUUCUUUAUGAGCAAACUAAACAACAAGGUUUCCUGUGAUGGUUCUCUGUCAGCUUUAACAGCUACAGGGCUAGAGAUCAUGUUGUCGUGCCUUGUAAACCAAGAUGUUGACACAGCCAUGAAAAUUAUCACAAACUUGGGUCGAGAUGUCAUGGAUCAACUUCGGGUCCUAUGCUUCAACACGUUUCAUCGUCCUCUCAGAGACUUUCUUAUCUGUGAACUGCGUUCCCGUGGACAACUCACCUCAGAUGAUGAAGACAUGAUUGAGUUUGUUCAUUCUUUAGAGACUGUGUAUGGUACUCAAUCAUAUAACAUUGCAAAGAAAACAAUGAAAUCACCACCAGAUAACUGGACCGAAUUCGGGCUGCUUCGAAAUACAUUCAGCUUAGACUCAGCAAGGAUUCUGGAGAUGAACAUUGAAACAGGAAGCUUGUUACAAAGACCAUUGCAAUAUGAGAACCAACAUGGGGGCUAUGCAGAGGUUCUUCUUGACUGGGUCAAGGCAUGGAGUCCUGAAGAUCGGCAGAGAAUUCUUUUUGAAAGGAUUUUAUGUGAAAGAGAUUCUUCAAAGACCACCCUCUCUAUUUCUGCCAAGGCUAUCUGGCACUAUUUCACGUCAAGAGCUGACUGGCAAAUUUUAAAAGGAUGGAUACGAGCAAUGACUGGCCAUGAGGUUUCGCAUGGGAAUUUUUUGAUAAGUGUUGGAGAUGAGCUCCUUGUUUGUCAGGAUAAGAUAGUUUUUCCUCACUUGACAUGUGAUGUGUACAGUGAAUUUCCUGGCUGUCCUGGUGCUAUUAAAGAUAUUGUUGUUGAUGAAUUGACCAGGCAUGGAUUCUACACCUMUGAACAGUUAUCUAACUUAUCAACACUUCUUCACCACCUKGGACGRACACACACUCUUUUCACCAACCCACAUCCUCUUGCAAACUUGGAACAAGACGUUGCUCCAUCAAGUGAUCACMAUGCUGAUAUCAUGGGCCCUUCAAGKGAUCAYCAUGGUGAUGACAUGGAACAAUCAAGUGCCCACCAUCAGAUAAUGUCAUUGAGGAAUUUUCAUGGCAAAUUCAUUGAAUAUUGUAUAAAGAUGGAGUUUGUUAAUGUGCUGUAUUACUAUUUAGAUUUUUAUAGACUAGGGGAGUCAAUUGUGGAUGUAAAUGAGCUAAAACUAAACGAAGGCCAACCUGCGUGGGUUGACAUGAUGGUUUCAUUCAGACUGGCAGGAAUCAGACCUGAAGAUAAGGACUGUGCAUACUGUGCAAGUUUUUCUAAUGCCAGGUUUGUAUUUAAAUCUGAGUCUUUCAUCACUGUGAAUGACAUGUUGAGAGAAGGUCGUCCGGUCAUGGCCCUGGCUACACUGAUGUAUGGACCUAGGCCUAUUUCACAGGCAAUCAUUUCUACUGGUGAAAUUCCAGAGCACUCCAAGUGGCAAGUUGAUGAAGAGCUACUGCGCAGGUCAYUGUCUUUGUUCCCUAAGUUACUGAAUGCUAUAUUUCCAGUCACAACUAGUAUGCAUGGUAUUGAGCCACAGGAUAUUACAGUCUAUCAGUUACUUCAGGGAAACUGUCAAUUUGAAAUUUCUCGUUUGUUUGGAUGGCAGCGAACUAAUGAGCUGGCAAGAAGAGCAGGAAAUCUUUGUGAAAUGUCUCACUUUUCCCAUGCACCGACAGUCACARAAUAUGCUCACACAGAACAGCUGACAUUUUCCUAUUACUUGAGGCAUGGYCGGCCUUCCUUUGCCUUCAAUGCUUUUGUUGUCACACACUUAAAAGAACCAAGCAUUUCAAAAACAAGUUUAAAUAUUGCUGCAAAGAAAGCCUACCGCAUUGCUAUUCAAAACUUCACCAACACACAAAUAACCACGUCCUGUGUAGUGUUCUAUGAAAUGUUGGGUAUUGACAGUAAAGGUUUGCGUGUUGAUCUUAUGGCAUGUAAUARAAUMUUAUCCCAUGGGGGGAGGGACUGCAUGCAAGCUGUGGACAGUAACUAUGGACACACACUGCAAGAUAAGAUUGUGUCUGAGCUGAUGUCAAGRAGAUCGACCUUACAAACAACAUUUUUAACUGCUCUGGAAAAAGCUACAAGUAAUGCAAUCAGUGGRUCAUGUCCAGACAAGACAUCAUUUGAGGCAAGCCAACACUGGACAUUGGUCAUGGAUUUCUGCUAUGUCCAUARGAUAGACUUGAAUCCACAGUAUUUGAUUGACUGUGCCGUGGCAGAUCAAUGGCUUCCUUUUGUCUGCUUUGCCCAAAAAUGGCAGYUUCCUAAGCAACAGGUUCUUGACGUCAUUGAAAACCAUUUUUCCAAUCGUCAUUUCAAAGAGCAUCUCAAACUSGCAUUUGAAAAUGUCCAGAUAAUAACUGUUGAACAAGGUGAAGAACCUACCAAAAAGAAGAGAAGGAGAAGACAGACAACAAAGAAAGAAAAAACACAGGUGUUAACCCCAACCAAGGAUAUUCGUGCACAGUUCUAUGCUCGAAUGGGGCUAAACAAGCAAGGGAAAGACUCUCUUGCUGGACAUCAAAGUAGUAGUGAAGAAACUGAUGACAAAUCUAAAGAGCAACAACUAAAAGGUGGUGAUUCUGGUAGUGCAACAGAUGGUACUGUCACAGCAGCAGAUGAGAGCACUGGGGCUAAAUGUUCUAAUGAUACACAUGAACGCCCACUUGAUCCUGACAAGUUACCAGAUGAUUUCUUUGAAGUGCUAUUUGCUUGUAACGAUGCUAAAAUUCCUUGGAGAUCUCUUCUUGCACAUGCUAUUGCUCUUCAUCGGCCUUUAUUUGCAGUUCUUGCUGCUUGUUAUGAAGAAUCAAAAACCAUUGAUUGUAUCUGUGCCUGGAUGUUAUCUACAUAUGACUUUGAACUUUUUAGCUCUGAAGUAGCUAAUGACAUUUCAGAAACCCACUGGCGCCAAUGGACUACUAGCGAUCUCAUUCUUAUGAUCACUAUCCUUGUUAGCUACAAAACAACAUAUGCYGURACGCUAGCUAAAGCCUUUUAUAUCUUUGAACCGACAAACCCAAUGUUCCACUUCUUGCGGUUCCAUGAGUCCUUUGUUGUUCAUUAUGACUUUGAGAACUGUCGGGAUGAGCUCAACUUGUUCAAGAAAACAUUUAGUAAGCUUUCUGUAAGAGAAAGUAUUUUGAGUCAAGCUGAUCUAACUGUCACUCGUGAGWUAAGGUGGAUUGAGGAAUUGACAAGCCAGGUAUCUCAGCAGAUGGUACGCCAGUGYGAUAGUACAUAUGAACUGGGUCAUCUUCUCUCACUGUUGGCUAAAGCUCUGUUUGGGAGAAAUUAUGCAUGCAAAACACCUAAUUACUACCAGUUACAUAAAAUAAACGAGAUUGUACAAGACACAAAAGUGGUUGUGGAUUUUUCAUUGCUGUUGGAUGAAAACAGYCAAGAYGCAUCAAAAAAGAAAAAUCGUAUCCUGGAAGAUCUUCUUCAUCACAAGGAGUUUGUGAAAGCACGGGAAUAUGCAAGGCUGUUGCAGUUACCAGAAGAUCCAAUAACUCUUCAUGAGGUGCAAAAUGAAAGGGAGAGAAUUGAAAGCUCAGUUCUUUGGGAAAUUAAACAAGGAAGACUUGCCUUUUGGUACAAAGCAGACAAGUGUUUCACAGACAACCGAUGCAAUCCAGAAAUUGCAGCAUCAUUCUUUGAGGCCCAAGCRGACAAUACAGAGUUGACAUACACAGAAAAAUCUCGUCUAUUAUCCAUGACAAUGAAAUGGUAUUCCAAGUCAAGUACUAACUCAGAGCAGUUGUCUGAAAAAAUGGUUGAUUUAGAAAGAAGAAUAUGGCUUUAYUGUGUCAGGGCAGAGAUGGAAAAGAACAGAGAGGUAAAAUUUGCACGUUCUGUCAGCCAUCUUGACUUCCUACCAUCAUCUUCAGACUGGGCAACUGGKUUCCCUGUGCCCUUCUCUGAUGCUCCCACUGGAGAUGUUGCCGAGGCAACAGAACUCAUCCAAAAUGAGAUAUUAGAUGACGAAAGAGUUACCUGUACAGAUCUGCUUACAUCAGAUGAGGAAUUUUCAGCGCUGGAUAGGGUCAUUGGCCAACUACUUGACAACUGUCAUGUGAUUCAAGCUCGACGACUUGCUGCACAUUUUGGAUACACUAAUCGGGACCUUGACAUUGUGUUGUCCUGCAUCUUCUUGUCACAAGGCACGCGUUUUUCUGACACCCUUGAGGAUUCAAUGAAGAAUCUUCUUCACCGGACUCCUCACCGCCRACUAAGCAUGUCGGGCAAUGGGUCAAGUACAGAUGGGUACAGACGCAGUGGCAGCUUCGUUCUAAGCAGUAGUCUCUCUGAAAGUGUUGGMGCAGCUGGCCGUGCUGAUGAUUCUAUUUCUGUGGACUGGAUCCAAGUWGAAGAUACCAUCACUGCCAUGGAAACACUAAUGUAUUAUUGUAAGAGUGGAAAGAAAUGCUGCACUCAGAUUAUGACCUGUUAUAAAAUUUCACAAUGUUUGGGUCUUGAGUAUGAGUCUAUUGUGACAGACAGACCAUUCAAYGUCCUGCACUCUUUACUUGUGUCUGGUUUUGACUCAAGAUUUAAGUUGGCAGAWACRUACAUCAAGGCAUUUGAGCUUAAUCCAAAUGAGGUUGUGGGGUUUCUCAAGGACAUCAUAUUGUUGUCAUUAAGGGUUUAUUGUGGUGAAGAGUUGUCCAGCAGUAGUGGGGACCAUGAACUUAUCUUCAAUGCAGCACCGUCAUGUCAUGACAUCAUUGAAGUCAUUAAACUGUGUUCAGACCAAGCAUUGCUAGGCAACCGUCUCCUGGAAACAGCUGGAAGUAUAGCAGAUGAACGCAUUUCUGGAAAUGCUAGUGAUAAAGCUCUUAGUCUAGAAGUAGAGCUCCUUGUUCGUGCUCAUGAGUGUCAUACAAUGGCUUGUAAUAUGGAAGGAAUAACAGGUGUUCUUAAGUGUGGAAAACUUCUAACUGAAGCAAUUGCAAAAGCUGAGAAAUUCCCUUUAAUGGUCCGCCUGCUUACUGGUGUUGGUAGAUAUCGGGAGAUGUCGUACAUCUUUGACACUCUACUAGAAUAUCAUUACUUUGAAUUGCUUUUUCAAAGAGGCUUGAUUGAUAAAGARAAYAAYCUGAAAGUUGCCUURCUYGAAUAUCUAAAACGMUCWCAUCCUGACGAUACAGAAAAGUUCAAAAUGGUUGCAAUGCGGUUUAGUAUGCAUCGUGAAUUGGCAGACAGAUGGAAAGACACUGCUUUUGAUCAGCUGAAUGAACUAAAAGAACAGAAGAUUUCUGCAAAGCCCGAGUUGCAAGCAAAGCUAACAUCAAUCAUGAACUCGUUCAAGUAUGCUACUGACUAUUACAAAAAGGAUAGCUGUUUUAAGCUAUCCCAAAUGUGUUUAAAGCAUGCAAGACUUGUACAACUACAGAUUCAUUUUCUACCUUUGGGAAUCAGUGUUAUCAAUCUCGAUGAAAGAGGUUUGAGAAACUUUCUGGCACAGCAUAAUCACUUCUUUGAGUCCCUUCUAGUUGUGGAUGCCUACAGCAAGAAGGGCCCAUCAUUAUGGGUUAAGGCUGUCUWCAACCAUGUGGUCAUAAAUGGRGAUUUUAAAUACUGGCAUGAGCUUAGAUCAGUCAUGAUUCCUCCCAGCGUACUGUUUGUGGAUGUAGCAACAAAAUACAAAACCAGUGACAAUCACUCAAACCAAGAGAUACAAAAUAUGAAAAAGCUUUUAACAGAUCUACCAGAACUGAGAGUGAGGUACAGAAUAGCCGCAGAUCUUGGCUUCAAAGAUAUGACAACGACCAUGAUGGAAGGGGAGGGUGGAGCAUACUUAAAAGAUGUUUUAGGACUAAUUURAAUUUUACCAGGGUAGGGUGGGGAAGAUGCUUACAUUGUACAUGAAAAAUAAAGAAAAAAUAGCARAAUACUAUAUUUUUCUAGYUAAUUCAUGAAAACAAAGAACAAAUAAUAAAUACCGUGCAUUGCUUGCACUAAAAUAUAAAAUCAAAUCAUCAAAAUGUGAAAUAUUUAAUUCAAUGAAGAAUCAUUUCUUGUUUGUCAAACAACAGAGUAUGUUUUCUUCUAUAAGUUUAAUCCACAAAUUGAAUUUUACAAGUAAAAAAGUUCCAUUAAAUUACA